AUUAAUAAUAUUGAUGGAUGCUGUUGCAUCAGUGAUAGCUCCUCAUCUUGAACAAAUAAUUAAAAUAAACAAGGCUUUUAUUCUAGGGAUUAUCAAUUUAAAAUAUACUUUUUGUACAGUUUUAUUCUUUUAAACAUAAACAGAAAGAUUUGGAUUGUUGUUUUUUUAAUUCGUUUAGUGUGUCCAAAUUUUUACUUAAAACUGUAAUAUGGAUUCCAUUCUCAGUUACACAAAAUCUGAUGAGGAAGAUUUCUAUUCUUUAUUAGGAUGUGAUGAAUCCUCAAGUAUUGAACAGAUUUUAACAGAAUAUAAGACUCUUUCAUUAAAGUAUCAUCCGGAUAAAAAUCAGGGAGAUCCAAAUGCUGUUUCAAGAUUUCAGAAAUUGCUGAGAGCUAAAGAAAUUUUAACAGAUUCUGAUAAGCGAUCAUUAUAUGAUAAAUGGCGUAGAAGUGGUUUUACUAUACCAUUUGAACAAUUUUUAAAUCUAAACAAAGCUUGUCACACUUCUUGCCAUUGGGUCAAUAAAAAGCAAAAAGAUUUGAUGUUAGAAAAUACAUGCAUUGAAAAUGAAGCUUCUUGUGCCAAAACUAUUGAGUUUUCAAGGGCUGAAGAUAGUUGCAAAUGCAAGGCAUGGGAAAGAGAUCCAGCUAAUGAUGUUCUUCGAAAAUUCCGCAAUUAUGAAAUUUAAAUAUUAAUCCAUAUUAAAAUUCUUGUUUGCAUAUUCAGAUUUGUAAUUUUGAUGUCUAUUCAAAGAUUAUUAUCAUAUCCAAGUAUGAAUCUACAUUAAGACCUUUUGUUGAAUUUUAUUAAUUACCUUUUUUUUUUUACAAUUUUUUUUUUUUUUUUUUUGUAUGUUUAAAUGAAUCUUAAACUGUAUUUUAUGCAUUUAUAUUACAUUAUCUUGAUUCAUACUUAGUUUCUGAAUAUGCUAUUAUUUUCAGUCCCUAGUGUUUUUUCCUUUUUUAAAAAGUUUCAUAAAGGUAUAUAAUAAUAGCUUAGAAAGGUGACUGAAGCAUAUGUUUUGUUAUUUUAUGUUAUCUCAUUUUAUCUUUUGAUUUGUAGAAUUUUCUUCAUUUUAGUUAUGAUGGAAUCUUAUUUCAUUUAUAUAUAUUCAAAAAUAAGGCUGAAUAAGAUUGUAAUUAAACUUUUAUAGCUCUUUUUUAAAAUUUUUAUUAAUAAUUGCAAAAUUGUGAAUGAUAAUUCGAAUAUCAGUCUCAGUAUCCUUUAUAUAAAUGAGGAUUUGUUUUUGAGUUUGAUAUCAGAAGUUGGCAGCACAUGAUUUAUCCGUCAAAAAAAGUUCUCUGGAUUAAGAUAUAAUAGAUGAUGUGGAUGUCAUUAAAUUAAUUGAAUCAGCAUGAUAAACUACAUAUAUUUACUAAACUUCAUAUUAUUUGUUUAAUAACCAUUAUUUAUGCUAUUUCAUGCAAAAAUGUUAAAUUAUUUAUCAUGCAUUUUUUCACUUUUACUAUUUUAAGGGACUUUGUUUCGUGCUAUCUUCCAUAUAUUAAUAACAAUAUUUAUUUAAGAAUUUUUUAGUGUGUAGCUAUUUUUCCUUGUUGUUUUUAUUAUUAGAUUCCAAAACUAACCAUAACUUGUUUAAAUUUCCUUGCAUUAGAAGUUUCUUAUUUUUCAAAUGGAGUUCAUGAAUUAAUUUUUGCUCAUUUACAAGAGGAAAAAAUUAUUCUGCUGUUUUAUAUCAUAAAUACUCUUAGUUAUAAAAUACACAUAGUAAGUUCUAAUAUUGAUUAAUAGUAUUUUUAUUUGUGUUUGGAAGCUAAUUUUUACUCUCAGUAAUAUAAAAUGCAGUAAAAUAAAGAGAACUGUUUAUAUCUUGAAAUAUAAUUUUGUAAGUACUUUGUAUAUGGUGAGUAAAAUAACUAUUUUGAGAUAUCUUUUUACAACAAAAGGAUUUUUGUUACAAAAAGUGUACUUUUGAAUUUGUUUAAAAGGGUUUUUUUUUUGUUUUUUUUUAUGGAUUUUUUAAAAGAGUGUCUGGACCAUUUCCAACAUACACCUUUAUUUUAAAUUAAUGUAUUGCCUAUUAUUUUGGAUUUUAUAGAUCAAAAAUGAAAUUUAUAGAUUUUCUUGGAGGUGAAAUUUUAUCUUAGGUGCCUAAAAGAAAAGAUCCUAAAUGUAUCUAUUUUUAAAAAUAAUAUACAGGACUGCAUUAAAUUUCUUAAAGGUAAUAGAUUUGAAAAGAGACAAAGAAAUGUUUUCUGUAAGUUGUUGUUUGUUGAACAUUUGUGAAACUAUAUCAAAUCUUGAGUUAGAACAUCAUGCAUACAAAUUAUUUUCUAGGUUUAAAUUGAUAAUUUCCAUUUUGUCUUUAUUAUACUUUUAAAAUCUUUUAAUGACUCUGGUUUCUAAUGUCAAAUUCUAUAUAAAUAUGCAUAUAUGUUAAUUCAAAUUAAAGUUAUACUAUGUAACGGAACAGAAUGAUAUUUCUUAGAGCUUGCAUUAAUCUGCUUCUGUGUUUUCCUGUGUAAUUAGACUCCUCUGAAGUCUUUUUAUAACAAAAUGGGGCAAUGAUUUCCGGGGUCAAUUCACGCAGUUGUUCAUGGCUCCCAAAACCACUGUUGCACCAAAUCAGAAGCAUAAAAGGGAAAAACUAGUUUAAUAGACAUGAGAAAAUGGCAAAUAAUUUACAUUUCAUUUUCAUAUCCUCACUUCUUAUUAUAAAUAUUAUUUGUGAAGCAUACUGAAACUACCAAGCUCUUACUAAAAAAUGGUCUGGUCUCAUUGGUAAGCAUAUUAAUAAUAAUUUCCAGAAGCUUUCUUGAGAGCUAAUGUACUAAGGAUUAACUUUGUUCCACUAAAGAUAAUCUUGAUGAUAGUUCUGAAUACUAAACAUCCAUUCACUGCAUUUUGUACUCAUUGUACUUAUACAUCCCCUGAACUUAGUUAUUAUUGAUACUGCAUAGUCUUAUCUGAAAGCUAAGAAAAGCUAGGAAAUAUUCAAUUUCUUUUCAUCCUUGAGUAAUUGUUGGACAGUUUUGAAAAAGCAUAUAUCUUCUAACCAUCAAGUUCUUAAAUCAGACAUGAUGGGAAAGUUAUAUUGAUAGUAUUGCGAUUAGAUAUCAGAUUGGAAAAAAAUAUAAUUCUCUGCUGGAAUUACUACGAGAUGAAGAAACUGGUGCAUUACCAAGAACUUUGCCUUGAGUUUGGCAUAAAAGGAAUAGAUUAUAAACUUGAUAUUAGCAGUAUCAUUAAUAACAUAAGUAAGAGGUGAUCAAGUGAAAAUAUAGUUGCAUUAAAUGCAGUAGGGUUGAUUGGCUAAAUUAUUCAAGCUAUUGUGGAAAUGAAAUCAAGAUUUCAACAGGCUUUCGUUGAUGCAUGUGACCUUUAUAGCAUCUUGAGAUUUAUGCAGAAUUUCCUCAAAAUUUACAAGGUUCAUCUUGGAGAGGAAAAAAAAAAGAGGAAGCAGCUUGAUUGAUAAUCUCUUAGACAAAGCACUUUUAAACUCAAAUAGAAGAUUAAAGCAAAGCUUCAAUGUUUAGAUUUGUGGCAUUAGAAGAAACUUUAAAUGAAUGCUUUAAACAAAUAAAUAAUGUAAUUGAAAAAUUUGAGUUUUUUAACAUGAAAAAUUUUGAACAUGAAACAGGUUGAAAUCUACAUUUGCGCUGUAUGUCCAAAUGUCUUCAUUUGGCCUUAAAUGACUGUGAAAAUAGAUAGUUUUUAAGUUCAUCAAGAAAUAUUAGUUCAAUAAAAUCUACUACCAAAUGAUCUAAUCAAUCCAUUAGAGAAAAAACAUACAUAUUUUUAAAUAAAAAAUUUGCUUGAGUCAGUUUUUUUCUAAAAAUUGUUUGCCAAAAUUUUAGAUAAUAAAAAAAUAUCAUAAGUUGUUAGCUGGUGGAGGGAGUGGAACUCUACAUUCUUGCCUUGCCCUAUUGGUAAAAUUACCUCGGACUGCCUAUAUUAUAAAAAUAUAUCAUGUGUUUAUUAAAUUGUUAUUUGUAAAAUUAUUAGAAAGAAACUGAAAAGUUUCUGGAUGUUUGAUUAUUGUUAAUAGUGUGAGAAAUAUUUUCUAGGGAUUUUAAAUGUGUGAAAGUUUUGAAUGUAUAAAUCUAUUAUUUUUUUGAAGUUUUAUCCAAAGUGUAUAUUUUUUAUUUAAAAUCUUACUGCUAUAUAUAUUUUUUUAACCAGUUUGUUAAAAAAGAAUAUUGAAUGAAUGGAUGUUUAUUAUAUUUAUUUUUUAGUGU